AUGUGGACACUGGUGAUCGCCCUGUCGGCAGUGCUGGCCACUGGUUGGGCACAGUCCGCCACUUACAGAUUCCCGGACGGUUUCUUCCUGGGUGCCUCCACGUCUGCCUAUCAGGUAGAAGGCGCCUGGAAUGAGGACGGUAAGGGAGAAAGUAUCCAGGACAACUUCUUUCACAACCAUCCGGAAUACACAUCGGGGGAUACAGGAGACGUCGCUUGUGAUUCUUACCACAAGUACAAGGAGGAUGUGCAAAUGCUGAAGGAGAUAAACGCGGACGUGUACCGAUUCUCGAUUUCCUGGCCACGCAUCCUACCUACUGGGGACCUUGACGUCAUCAACCAGGCAGGCAUCGACUACUACAACAACCUCAUCAACGAGCUGCUCGCCAACGGAAUACAGCCUCUGGUGACGAUCUAUCACUGGGACAUGCCUCAAUCGCUGCAGUACCUUGGUGGUUGGCCCAACGAGUUGAUUGUCGAUUAUUUUGUGGAGCACGCCAGGAUACUUUUCGAAAACUUUGGGGACAGGGUGAAGUGGUGGACGACGUUCAACGAGCCGGCUGUCUUCCUGAGAGGGUACGCCAGCGCCAAUAUUGCUCCCGGACAGAACGCUUCUGGAAUAGGCGACUACCUGGCGACUCACGCAAUGCUCAAGGCGCAUGCGCGUGUUUGGCACCUGUACGACGAACAGUACAGGGCUACGCAGAACGGUAGCGUGGGAAUCACAUUUAGUUUCGGCCUUGAGCCCCUUACUAAUUCUACGGAAGACGCAGAAGCUGCCGAGAGAGCGCGUCAGUUCGAUAUAGAUUCCUCGGGAUUUCGAAGAUCAUUGAACUGGAUUGCUAACGAAUAUCCGGGAUACCCGGUUAUUAUAACAGAGAAUGGUCUGAAAGAUUUUGGUGGCCGUAACGACGUUACCAGGAUAAAUUACUUUGCGGAUUUUCUGGGAGCCCUCCUGGAAGCGGUGAACCUAGACGGUGUUCCAGUGAUCGGGUACACAUUAUGGUCUCUCAUGGACGUCCUGGAAUGGGAUUCAGGAUUCACGGCGAAGUUUGGAGUCUACGAGGUGGAUUUCAGCAGUCCAAACAGAACGAGGACGCCCAAGGAUUCGGCCGCAUUUAUAGCGGAAGUCUACGGCAGCAGGCAGCUUCCGGAGCAGUAUCGUCUAUAA